AUGACCAGCUCUCGUGGGAGGCGGCGACUGCACCACGCCUGUCUCACUUGCAAGAGGAAAAAGACACGCUGCCCAGGCGAGAAGCCCGCUUGCUCGAGCUGCGUCCGCCUUAAGCAGCCGUGCUCCUAUCCGCCCGCGAGACGACCGUCACAAGGCGGCCGAUCGGACGAGCGGCUGGCGCAUUUGGAAGAGAAACUGGAACUCAUCUUGAGUGGGAGCUUGUACAUGCGACUGCGACGAAUGCGGCGAUCAAACCGCUCCAUACGUCAUGAACAAGUAAUCGAGGAAGUCGCCGACACUUCAGAAAAGUCCUACUCAGCAUCUCCUCCGGCUCUCGAGCAAAACUACCCCGUCAGCCAUCCCUCAACAGCCACGUUUGACUCCGAGAGCUCAAAUCUACGGCCUAGCCCAUCCGACAUCGCCAUUGGCAUCGGCCUCUACUUUAAGUAUUGCCACAGGCAACCGAUUUGGUGCUUCGAGCGCGAAGAAGUCAGCGACUAUGGCUCCAUUUCCGAAGAGCUUGCCUGCAGUAUUCUGGCACUGACUUCGCGAUUCUCCGAGACUCGGGACCAGGCGCAGCUACAUGGAAAUAUUGCAAAGAGUCUAAUCAUGCUUCGCAUCGCAAACGGGACCGUAGAUCUGCCAACCAUCGAAAGCCUGUGUCUACUUGCGUACUCUGCCUUUAUGGACGGAAAUGUUCACCUCGGCCAAUUUAAUCUCGGCCUCGCCUUUCAACUCUGCCGAUCUGCCAUGUUGGAUCUUACAUCCGUUUAUGCUAUCGAUGGCCCAAUUACGGAGCGGAAGAAGCGACUUUUCUGGAGUCUCCAGAUACUCGAGCAAUCGUACGGUCGACAAACAGGACUCUUGAGCGUCCCAACCGACAUAUGGCGACCAUCUUAUUCUGAAGUCAGCCCAAACGGGCCCCCUUUGCCCAGAGACAAACUUGGAUGCUCAUCACCAAGCGACACGGGAGUCUGGAACACGAGCGUCCAUCUAGGAUGGGUCUGGAGUCAGGUACGAAAAUACGUGUCCGACUGUUCCCGCAACAAACUGGAGGAACCUUGGAGGUACGAUUCCAUGUACGCCAAGGUCCUUUCCGACUUCAUGGAGACUGAGAACAGAAUUCCCAUGUGUCAUCGAUAUGACUCGGUUAAAUUCUACGAACGCAAGGUGGAGGAGGUGAGGAUGAACCGAGAUUACUUCGCGCCGUGGCUGAAGGAGCAGUUCACGUACCAUUCAAUUCACACCGUUUUGAAUCACCCGUUCCUCUACAUUGUGGGGGCGCAGCACAAUCCAAAUCUAGCCAUCCCGAACACGUUUUGGAGGAGAUCGUCCGAGCUCGCCCUACUGCACUCCACCUGGAUCGUUCGCAUGAUAGACAUGGUUGUGGACAAGCAGGUUCCGCUGGUGGAUCCGUUUUUCGGGCACGUAGCUGCGAUCGCGGCCACUGUGCAUCUGUAUUACUGCUGUGCCGCGGCUACCAAGCUCAAACACAAGUCCAAUACGGACUUUGCGAAAUGCAGGAGGUUUUUGAAGAGCUUCAUUCCCUCUUCCGAAGCCUGCCGAGAACUGGACCGAAAUCUAGACAAGAUGACACGAAUUGCCGCUGGCUCCGAGAGCAUGGAUGUGGAAGACUGGAUGCCAUCUAGAAUUUACCUCAGUGUGCCCUUGAUGUGGGACAUCCUCCAAUUCAACUCCACAACCGACACGCAAGAAAUUCCAACAGCGGGCUUGCUAGACGCCUCGCUCGCCCCCAUAAUCGCCCAAGCAGACUUGGGCGAAAGCUCGACGCUUGAGAUCAUCGUCGCAACAUCACCAGAGAUCACCAUCAACACCGCGGAUGGCGGGCAACAAGCGCCGACGUUAUCAUGCAAGCCCCCUCCUUCUUCAUCGCGCGAAUCGCGAAACACUGUCCUCGACGAACCGUCCGUUGAGCAGGUCGACAGUCUCGCCUUCACGACUACUCCGUGGCUGUACGCGGACUCCUCACAACUGCUCAACAUUGAGGACAUGGGGGGAUUUGACAACUCUCAGCCUACGAUUGACGAAUCUAGGGGUAUGGGAUGGUGGGAGGACGAAAAUUUUGGGAACCCCAUGUUUGAUUCAUUUUAG